AUGGGGACUGAUAUGAGUUCCCUCCUCACGGCCUUGUCCAGAAAAAACGGCUCGUUCUCUGACUUCCAGGUCAAAUGUGGAGCAUCAACAUUCAGCCUACAUCGCUGUAUUGUCUGUCCGCAAUCACGCUUUUUUGACAAGGCAAUGAGCAGCCAAUUCCAAGAGACCGAAUCUAAGGAGGUCACCAUCUAUGAUGACCCACUCAUUGUUACAAAGAUGAUUGACUAUCUUUAUUCUGCCGACUACGAUGACUCUUCCGACAAAGAUCUCCCCAAAUGCCAGGAGUGCUCGGAUACAACUGAAUCCGAAUCGGAGGAGGUGGCAAUAAUCGGAAGCGAUAAUGAAUAUGAUGUUGCUCCAGCUCCGAUUUGGCAGGUAAAAGAAUCAAAGGCGCAUGUUAAUGCCAAAGUAUACGUCAUUGCUGAUAAAUACGGAAUCAAUGAGUUGAAGAACCUUGCCAGAGAGAAACUCGAGUCAAACCUACAACAUGAUUGGAAAGACACAGAAUUCAUUCCAAUUGUGGAGUACACAUAUGGCCCAGAGUGCCCUAAACAAUCUGAUCUACAAAGUAUCAUCACGAAAUAUAGCAUUCAGCAUCUUUCUACUUUGAAGGAAUCUCGUAGAUUCCACGAGGUUCUGAAGCAGUUCCCGGAAUUUGGAUAUGAAUUUUCAGUUCUGGCUAUGGAAAAGGUGGCUCAGUUAGAAGUCCAAUUGUGGUAG